ACUUAAUCUUGAAUUUCUCUACUGAAAAAUGGGUCUCUCAACUCUCCCAUCUCCAUCAGAAGGAGUGCUAUGUGUACUCUUGGUAAACACAGCUUUAUCCAUAUCUAUAGUUAUAGGCAUAAUCCGAUCGAUCCUUCAAGUUGUUGGUAUCGAUCUGGCUUCUUCAUCACCAUCUGCAGAUUCUUUUGGAAACCCCUCGGAAUCAUUUGAAUUCUGCCCUUUUACUUGUGAUAUUUACAUUGAAGAGUUCCGGAGUAGGACACCAGCAAUAAGGUUUGAUGCUGUGUGUAGCUGCAAGCGGUCUGACCGUAAAUGUCCGGUUUGCUUGACUCGAUUUAAGCCGGAAUCGGAGGUUAAUAACUUGACCUGUGGCCAUCUCUUUCACAAGGUGUGCUUGGAAGAGUGGUUGAAUUAUCGAAAGGUUACAUGCCCGUCUUGCCGGACUCCUCUGCUGCAGGAACAGGAAGCUUCGUGCUUUUGGUGAGACUAUUACAGCCAUGAUGAACAUGUUUAUUGUACAGGUACUUUUAGGCGAGUGUUUGCUGCCCGCAAGUUUUAUCUUGUUGUGGUGAUGUGCUAUUGAAUGUUCAUAUUGUCAGGGUUUCUGAUGUUAUAUGCAUCUCACUUCUCAUUGCUC